GCCAGGGCGUUCCCGCGGCCGGCCACGUACGGCUCCUCGAUCUACCACGUGUCGCCGCCCAUCGCCUCCAGCCACCAGUCCGUGACGCUGAGUGAGGAACGUGUGGUGCACUCGGUGGACCACGCCCUGGAGCGGUCGCACGACCAGGACCACGAGCACGAGCCGCCGUCGCCCUACAAGUUCGAGUACAAGGUGCACGACCAGAAAAACAGCAACUACCACGAGCGCGCCGAGUCCAGCGACGGCAAGGUGGUGCGCGGGUUCUACAGCCUGCUGGAGCCGCACGGCGAGGUCCGCGUCGUCAAGUACCGCGCCGACCACGGCGGCUUCAAGUCCGAGGUCUCCCGGCACGGCAGCAGCCACGGCAACACGCACGGCGGCGGCCUCGGCGCCACCAUCGGCAGCGGCCCGUCGCACGACCUCGGCAGCCACGGCCUCGGCGUCAGCGCCUCGGCGCCAGUGCCCGCGCCGGUCCACGUGCACAUCCCCGCCCACACCAAGACGUCCAUCCCCAUCCACGAGGACAACGACGAGGGCGGCAACCAGUGGGCCGCCAUCGAGGACCCCAAGAAGGGCGGCAUCAGGACUCAUGGCCUCGAGGAGAUCCCCGCGCCGUCGAAAGAGGCGCUGGGCAAGCCCCGCCUGCCGGAACAGAUCCUGCUGCAGCAGCACAAGAAAAAGCCCACCUUCCAGCCGUCCAAACCGUCGCACCACCACAAGUACCUCAAGAGGCCGCCGCCGUCCCUCCACCACGGGCCGCGGCCGGGGCCGCCCGGCGGUCCGAGGCCUCUGGGCCCGCCGCACUUCCACCACCGCGGCCCCAAGCGGGGACCCCAGGUGGGGCCCCGGCCCCGCAACGCCGUCGCCGGGCCGCCGCCCCUGGGGCCGCCACCGGGGCUCGGCACCGCCCCCUCGCCGCAGCUGCCACAGCGGAGGGAGGCGCGGCCGCCGCCAACCCCCUGCAAGUGCAGCGAGCAGCCCCCGGGCCACGCGGCGGGCCACCCU